AUUACUGCUCUUCGAGACCUGGACGAGCAACAAUUCUGGAAUUUUGGUAUUCCUGGCUUGCCCAGCCUGGGACCCUUCGAUCCCCUAAAAGUUAAGCGCGUUGUCAUAGCAGAAGACGGCAAUGGCCCAGUUUCCGUAAAUAUGGUUUUUACCAAUAUGGUCUUAACAGGCCUUACAGGCGCUGUUUUGGACGAUGUAAACCUAAAUCCCACCAAAUCUGUGAUGAAAUUGCAAAUAAAACUACCAAAAGUGAAUGUGAAAUCUGAGUAUGAUGUUAAAGGACGAGUUUUAUCGUUACCUUUGAUUGGUAGUGGCAAGGCCCUAGUUGAUAUUGGCAAUCUUAAGGCGGAAUUAGCUCUACGCUAUAAGCUGCGUGAAGAAGGCGGUCUAACGUUCGCUGACAUUGAAAAAAUACGUGUAGAUUUCAAGGAUGCUGCCGAAUUUCGUCUGACUUUGGAUAAUCCCCAAAGUGAGCAGACUGUUCUAGAAGAAGCCACUAAUUCAGCUGUUAAUGAGAACUGGAGAGAAUACUUUGAAGUGAUGCGUCCUUCCAUUACAGAGACAGUAGAGUCAAUUAUGGGUGAUCGUCUACAAAAGAUGUUUUCAUACAUCCCAGCUACAUAUUUCAUUGAAGAUAUUGGAGUUUCAACAUAAAUGUGGAACUGUUGGCGACUGUUUUCUGUUCUGUGAAGUAGAAAUACCUAAAUUCGUAGAAGUAAAUUCAAAAUUAGGAUAAUGAUGUAAUAGCUUAAGGACAAGCCUGUUAGACUCUUUAGAAAAAAUAAAUACUUUAG